AUGGGGCUGCGCCCGGGACCCGUCGCGCCCCUGGGCUGGGCACUGGCGCUCCUCCUGUCUCUGGCCGGCGGGCUCAGCGAGGCCACCCCGCACUUGAGGUACAACCGGCCGGGCGCCAGGAGCAAGAACUGGUGUGCUUACAUAGUGAACAAGAAUGUGAGCUGCUCUGUGCUGGAUGGAACUGAGCAGUUUAUUCAGGCGCAGUACAAAUGUGCCUGGAACCAGUUUCCCUGUUCACCAACCCCAGUCUACCGUAUGAGUUUCAGACCUCGGUAUACAAUUGCUUAUAAGACAGUAACAGAACUGGAGUGGAGAUGUUGUCCUGGUUAUAAAGGUGAAGAUUGCAGAGAAGGUCCAGCAGAACAACCAAGAACCAUUCUGUUUCCCACUUCUCCACCACGAACUCGUGUGAAGAAAGUCUUGGACUCAGAACCAACGGAAAUGCCACGGGAAUCACCCGAGAAGAAAAUUCAAUUCCUUGAGGAUGAAUUGUUUCGACUUACGCAGACAGUGCUUGAUCUUCAAUCCUCCUUACCAGGUGUGAAAGAAAACCUGAAAGUAACUGUCCAAGAAGAUGCCAGUAAGAUGUUGGUCUCAUGGCCGAACAACCUUCAUGAUCACCCAGGGCCUGAUAGUGUCCUGGGUGGUGAAACAGACGGUAUUCAUCUGCCUGGAAUACUUGGCAAUAAAGACCAGAAAGAGCCUUUUACUGAUUUUGGAAUGGAAGACAUAAAGUCUGAACUAGCUGAGGUCAAAAAUACUUUGAAGACAAAAAAUGACAAGCUGGAAGAACUGAAUGGGAAAGUGAAAAGCUAUGAAGGGCAAUUAAAACAACUGCAGGAAGCAGCACGAGGACCUACAAUAACAAUACCGAGUGGUGAGUUAUAUCAGGAAUAUCUAGAUUCUAAAAUUGAGGCCCUGAGACAGGAAAUGCUGGAAGGAUUGGAGAAGAAAAUGGCAGAUCUGAAAAACUCAUGUGAAUACAAACUAAUGAAUAUCCAGCAACAAUGUGAUGACCAUGAAACCAGCUGUUCAGAAAUAAUACAACUUGUAGAAGAAAAGGAAAAUGGCCUGAAGAAAGAAAUAAAUGAGCUACGAACUCAGAUCCAGGCUCCUUCAAACCAGUCAGGUUGCUGCAAGACUAGCCACAGUGAUGACUUUGGUCAACAGAUAAAAAAUUUGGAUGAGAAAGUUGACAGAGUUGUGGAAGUACACAGAAUCUUAAAUGCCAGAAUAGAUAAUGAAAUCAUUCGCAUUUCCACUCCAAAUCUAGAAGACAUCUUUGGCCCAAGAUGGGAGGAGCUAGACGCUAGAAUCAAUGUUACAGAGAGGAAUGCUGAAGAACAUUGUUUUUACAUUGAGGAAACUCUCCAAGGUGCUAUAGCUGCUGAAGUAAAUGAAGUCAGAGACUUACUUGAUCAAAAACUACAGGCACUGGAAGACAGGCUGGGUGGCACUAUUUUAGAAAUUGUCAAUGCCACAGCCUCAGAUGGAAUAUCAAUUAGUUCAGGAUCAGUCUUGCACAGUGACUCAGAAUCUGGAAAUGAGCAGCUUACAACUGAGAUGAAUCUCCUGAGGAACAAACUACAAGCCAUUGAACACCUUUGCUGGCAGAAAUGCCAAUCUGCACCCCAAGAUAUGGAAGACCUUCAGAAAAGCAUAGAAAAUUGUAGCAACAAAUAUGAGUACUUGCUUUUGAAAGUAGAAGACAACUCUGCUCUUUUGAAGUCUUUAAAUGGUUCCCUUAAUGAGAAAUUUAACUUUACUAAGAGCAACCAACAGAACGUCCAGAAGGAUUUGCGUAGACUUCGGUAUGGUCUAAACGUCAUGGAUAAAGAUGUGAAAAAUCUUCAGGUUGGCUUGAGCAGCUGUAAGGAGCAACUUCUGGGUGUCAAUUCUACAUGUGAAAAGACCCAGCAAGGUGUAUUCAGAAAAAUAGAUGAAAUACAAAGAACAGUUGUGAAUCAAACUUCUCACCCAAAUGAUAAUUGCUGUAAUGAGGUGAAGGAGAGGAUGGAACAGAUAAAAGAACAAAUCUUUAAUGACCUCAGGAAAUGUAAAGAGAACAAUGGUAUUCAGGAGGGCAUCUCAGAUGUGGAUAGCAGACUGUCCCAUGUUGAAAAAGUCUGCAGCAAAAUAGACUCCAUCUCAGGUAGCCUGCAGCGAAUAAAAGAAGGUCUGAACAAGCAUGUCACUAGCUUAUGGAACUGCAUCAAUCAGAUGAAUGGAACCAUGACAUCUCAUUCCAAAGACAUUUCUGGCCUCAAAAAUUCUGUCCAACAGUUCCACAAGCAGGUCACCAAAAUCACCACUGACCUUCAGGAGCUGAUGAAAAUUCAGUCUGGGGCACCUGAAAAUCAACCAAGAGUACCACUGGGGAUACCACAAGAAAGAACUCCCCUGCAGCCAUCACAGCCAAGAACACCGCUGCAGCCAUCACAGCCAAGAACACCGCUGCAGCCAUCACAGCCGAGAACACCGCUGCAGCCACCACAGCCGAGAACACCGCUGCAGCCACCACAGCCGAGAACACCGCUGCAGCCAUCACAGCCAAGAAUAGUAAUACAACCACCACGACAAGGAGCCCCUCUUCAGCCAUCACAACCAAGAACUCCCCUACAACCAUCAUUACCAGGUUCAGCCACUUUACCACUUUUGCCUGGAUCAACGGGGAUCAUUAUGGAGUCUGGACAGGCUGGUCCUCCUGGCACAGUUGUAAUGUCAAGAAGUGGACGGCCGAAAGGCGCAGAUGGUCAGUAUACCAUGCCCAUAGCUGAAGGAUAUGCAGGAGCACCAGGGUAUCCAAAAUCUUCUCCGCCUUCUACAGACUCACAAGGACCUACUGCUGCUGCCACCUCUCUGGUGUCUUUUUCGGCUGGUCUUACUCAGAAGCCUUUCCCCAGUGAUGCAGGCGUGGUCCAUUUUAACAAAGUGCUUGUGAAUGAUGGAGACUAUUAUAAUCCUAACACAGGUAUCUUCACAUCUCCCUAUGAAGGGCGAUAUCUGAUCACCGCUGUCCUUGCUCCUGAAAGGGAUGAGUAUGUAGAAGCAGUGCUGUCUGUUGCCAAUGCAAGCGUUGCUCAGCUCCACACAGCUGGUUAUAGAAGAGAACUGCUUGAGUAUCACAAACCACGAUCAGGGAAACGAACCUGUGGUGGUGCUGGAACAUUCCACCUCGUUCUUCACCUAAAAGCUGGAGAUGAAGUAAACAUUGUAGUUACUGGGGGCAAGCUGGCCUACACAGACUCCGAUGAAAUGUACUCCACGUUUAGUGGAGUUCUUCUCUAUCCGUCCAUUGCUCAUGUCUAGGUUCCUCGUGAAAAGAAGGGUAAGAUAUUCAGAAGAAAUAAAAUUUGAAGCUUUAAUAUAUUCAUUU